CCAAAUAUGGCCCAUAAUAACUUUAGCUAAUGAAGUGAACUAAUCCCUAUGGGCCUGAUAAGUUAAUCAGCCCAAAUUCGCUCAGGCUCUCCAUGGGCUUUCCUGUGUUCAGAGAAAACCCCCCGCAAAAGAAAAAAAAAAGUCCGUUCGUUUUGAUCUCGCAGAAUUUGAUGGCCUAUCAACCGUUCGAUGAGCGAGCUCCAAUCACGGACCGUAACAAUUUAGCAGGGGCCCGUGGAUCCGACGGCUGAGAGAAACGGCCGGUGGCUCCCCGCUUCGUCGCCGGAAACAAUGGCGACGCUCGCUAGGGUUCUAUCGGAGGCGACGCGGGGUUUGCGGCGUCGAAUCCACACACAUCCUCCGCCACCGCCGCACGCCGCCGCCGCUACCCCUCUUCUCGAGAGGUUGAUGAGGGAGACGGAUUCGGGCGUUAAGAUCGCGCUGGAGGAGGAGGAGGAGAGGGAGAGGGAGAGCUCCAUGGCCACGUGCCAAGCCUCCUUUUGGGAACCCCUCGCUGUAGCUCUACGCUCUUCCGCUCCGAAAAAGGCCCAAUUGGUCUUGGAAUGGAAGUUAGAGAAACUACUGAAGGAACGUGUUCUCGAGCGUGAACCCUAUCUAAAGCUAAUUUCUUUGUGCGAGUUGUCUAGCAAUGUUCAGUUUGCGCUGAGGGUCUUCACAUCAAUGGAGGCCCAAGGAAUUCAACCAAAUACUUCCAUUUUCAAUGCUCUACUUACUCUUUACUUGUCGACGGGGGAUAUAGUUACUGCGUUGAGCUUAUUCGAGAUAAUGGACGGAAAAGAUGAGUCAAAACCUGACUUCUCCACCUAUAGUGCCUUUAUCUCCGCAUUUUCGAGGCUCGGGGAUGCUCAUAGUAUGGUGAGCUGGUACUUUGCUACAAAGAAAGCUGGGUUCUCUCCAACUACUCGGACCUAUGAGUACCUAAUCACGGGGCUGACCAAAUUGGGGAAAUUUGAAGAUGCUGAUCGGUUUUUCAAUGAAAUGCUAUCGGUAGAAAUCUUACCGAAUUUAAGCAUAUUGGAAGCCAAGAUUGAAGGGCUGUGUAAAAGGAAGGAUGUGGGCGGAGUUAGAGAGUUUCUGAAGUUCGUCAUUAACAGAGGUUGGGAACUAAAUGAGGCCAUGGCUGAGAAGCUUUCGAGGUUCUACAUGGACUUGGGAUUAGUUGAGGAAAUGGAACAGCUACUUGGUCUCAUCAGGAAAGGCACGUGUUUUGAUGUUUCAAUGCGAUUGCACUGUGGAGUUGCUCGAUUGUAUGCAAACUCUGAUCAGUUGGAUCAAAUGGAGUUUGCUGUAAUGCGGAUGUUGGAGGGAGGAAUGAUCUUUGGAUGCCCUGAAGAUAUUGAGGCAGUUAUCUGUUCUUAUUUUCGUAGGAAGGCUUUCAAUAGGUUGGAUUUGUUCUUGGACCGGAUACGUAAUUCGUACGAACUUACAAGAUCUACUUAUGAUCUGUUGGUUGCUGGGUAUCGGAAGUUUGAAUUGUAUGAGAGGCUUGAUUUGAUCAUAAAAGAUAUGAAGAUAGCAGGGUUUGCAUAAUUUUUUCGCAUCUAAAGAAGUCUCACUAAACGAAUUCUGGAAGAAAUUGGCACCCUGUUGUAUGAAUAUUGUUUGUGGCCUCUGAUUGUUGCCUUUAAUGUAUAUCCUUUUUCUCUUGGUGUUGUAUAUAUCAUUCUAUUUGGAUUGGACGUACAUAAUCAAGAAAAAUGUUGUCUAAAAUUUUGAAAAUACAUUGUAAGUGAUCCUUGACACUGAGCUCUUGAAAAUCGUUUAUUUUAUCUGUUU